GACCGAGCGCGAUCAAUAUGAAUUAUAUUGUAAAAAAAAACAAUGUUUUAUAAUUUUAGUCUUUCGAAGCUCAUCAAUUCCAUAUUCAAUUUCACAUUCGCUUUGGAUCUAAUAACAACCACUUUUGCUAUAUCCCUCAUGGGCUUGACUAUGGUUAUGGUGCGCUUCGGUCAGGCAGUAAUGUUUUCAGCUGGAUUUUCCUUCUUUCUUUUACUCGGUUUUUUAUUCUGUAAUAAUGGCGAUGAGCUUAUAAAUGCGACUAAAAAUUUAGGCGCUGCUAUUUUCUAUAGCAACUGGUAUGAGGGAUCUAGCGAAUACCGUCGCAUGAUUAUCUUUUUUAUUAUGCGCACCAAAACGCCUUGUGAAUAUCGUGCUUUCGGCUACAUGUCGCUCUCAAUGGAGACCUACAUGAGGGUAAAAAUAUUAAUUUUUGUUCUGAUUUAUUUCUCGUCGUUUUCAUUUCUUCGUUUUCAUUUUCAGAUUUUAAAAUUAUCAUAUCAACUAUUCACUUCUUUUCGCGCCAUUGAGUAGGCAACUGGCGAAUGAUUUACUUAAAACACGUUUUAGUUUCGAAUUAGUUUAGAAUAUAUAUUCUAAUACAAUUUAAGUAGUUAUGUAGUGAAGGCUUUUACUAAUAAAAUAGCAUUUCCUGCUUCUUUGUUAGUAUUUACAUAUAAGAACUAAAUACUAAUUUCCGAUAUUUGUUUGAUGGAUGGAAAAACUAUAUUAAAAGCUUCAGCAUAUAAACGAGAAAGCACGAUGCAGCACUCUCAAGUAAAUGCACGAAUAAUGACUGAAACAAAAACUGGCGAGUCCAUACAUGUUAACACAUAUAUUUAUACAUAUAUUUUUCAAAACUGAAAAUAGUUAUUAGUUUUAUAUAAUUCUAUUGUGAAUAGGGUGGGUCCAGGUGAAUUAUACGUUUAACGUUAAAUACUGAUUAUUAAAUCAAAACAGUUUACUCCUUUGCUAUUUCAUAAUAAGUUCAUUUUUUUCAUAGCAACUAAAUUUCCGUUAAACGCAAAUUAUUAUUUUUAAGUAUUUUUUCUUUCCCAAGACUUGAACUACCAAUUCACUUAUGUGCAUAUGUACAUACUUUGUUGCUGGUAAUAACUGUGUGACAUAAUAUUCCUGUAUAUGAGAGCAGAGGUAAGUAUUAUGCCAAAUAAGUGGGCGAGAAUAAUGGUAAAAGGAAUAUUUGAACGAAAAUUAUUAAAUUAAAUUGCCUACGAAUUAAAGUAAGCAAUUUGGCUCAUUAAGGAAAUUUCAAUGUCAAUGCAAACUUUAAGGAUUAUAUAA